AUGGAGCCAAACUCCGAAUGUUUCCAGCACCCGGUAGUGGAGGAGGAGGAGACUCCGGCGGGGAAACAAGCAGCAAGAUGAUUUCAGCAGCACCCGGUAUCAACAAAGUCGGGGAUUUCAAGAUUGGAUCGAGUUCGGAUGAAAGCGACCCGUUGUUGGUCGCGAGUUCCCAGCAGCAGAGGAAGUUAAACGGGGCGAGAAAGCCUGCUAAUUUCAGGAAAAAUGGCAGCAGGCACAGGCAAGUGGCAGCGAGUGUCAGCAGCAUAGAAAGCACCAGCAGGGACUCGGCAGAAGUCUCAUGUUCCAGUUUCAUCCGACCUCUCACAGCCGAAGAGACUCCAGACACUGAACAUUCCUUGUCAGCGGGAAAGCCCCGGGUUGGGGAAGAAUCUAGAACUUUCCAGACGUGUGCCCCUCCGCCGGAUCUCAUAACGGGCGACACCAAGCGGACAGCGGAGGCAGCUGACAAGCCCGACCCUGCUGCCAUCCCGUGGACGCUCGACGAAACGCUACAAGUUGUCAAGGACACCGUUGGCGGGGUUUCCAUUGAAAUGCAAAAGGCAAGCCUUCACAUUUCCUUCUUCUGUUCUGUGCAAUAUAGUUACAACAAACUUGUGGGGACUUCAGAAAAAAUGAAGCCUGGGGAGAGGAUUGGAAAUGCUUCUAGACCAAGGCCUCCAGCAAGUCUUUCUCUCAUGGAAAAACGACUUUCUUUGUUGCACAGAGCUCAAACAACGGAUUCGAACCCAUCAAGGAGAUUGAAAAAUGAUGUAAGGGAUACAACUAGCUUUUGUCUUCCUGAAGUGAAGAUCAACGUGAAUACCCCAACUGAAGACUCCUGCUCACCUGAAGAACUAGAGCACUUCAUACCUAGUCAAGACCCUGCUGCUUGUAGAGCAGAACUUGACAUUCUGGGAACAGUUUAUCAAGUGCCACAACUGCUGUCGCCAUCUAGGAACCCAUCUCAGAAGCUGAGUGCAUCUCCAAGACAACUUCAAAGGAAGUCUGUUGGAUCCUUUGAACCAGCUGCUUUUGCCAAAGCGAGGUCAAACAGACCAAAGAGUGCGAGGGAAAGGUCAACCACGGAAUCAACGGCCAGUGCCAAUACGAAGUCAGCUCAAGAUUUAUCAACUCCUGCAGGAGAAAAGCAUCCUAUUCAGCGCCAAAUUGCUCAGGAAAUAUCCACGAGUCUGGACUCAUUGACAACAGCUGUGGACAAAUCGGAAGAGCCGAAAGAAGCCCCAGCCAGCGAGUUCCGGAUCAAGGGUUUUCCGGGUUCUUGCGGGGUUUCCAAGAAACCCGAGGAGAACCCAUCACCAGCAGGCGAUCACGUCGUCGAAGAACCUUCCAUUAUCGAAACUCAAGAAGAAAUUUCCGGGGCUGCUUUGACUUUGAGAAGCAUUUUGAAAAGCUUGUCAAACUCGAAUGCGUUCAUUCCAAAUAAAACCAGGACUGCCAGAAAAACCAGACGCAGCAAAACGGUUGAUGGGGGUGCAGAUGAUGACAGUUCCAAGAAGACGGUGACAUUCGAAGGCAGGAGUUUUUCGGGAGCACUUUUCGGGGGUGAUGGGGACCAGAGCUCAGAUGGAUCAUCAAGUGAUGAGGGGCAGCAAUCAACGGGUUUCAAUCACUGGUUCGCGUGUUUGGAGUCACGAGGCAUCGAGGAAAAAGACAAAGCAUUACUCGUUUGCGUGCUGCUCGGCAUAAAGGAACUUUUCCACGAUAAAAUGCACAAAAUGAGCAGAAGAUACUCCACGAAGCUGCUGAAUUUGCAGUCCGAGCUGCGAGAGAAAGAAGACACUAUCAGGUUCUUGCACAAGAAACUGAAAACAUUACAGAUGAGUGUUGCUGAGGUGGAGUCUCUGACAUCGUCUACCAGUGAUGACGACUGCGGAGGAAUUUUGAGUUGCCAAAGAGUUACUCACACUCAGAACGAUCAUAAAGCAUUGGAUGAAAGCAGGAAGCAAUCCACCAAUUCUCCCAUGCUAGUCAAAACUGCACUUACCCAGGAAGAACUGAUGGAGCUGGAGUUUGCAUCUGCUUUGCAAAGGAACCUUUCUAGAACUGAUGUCGCCAUCAGAGUGGAGGAAUCAACAUCCCCACAUCAUUCAGAUGAUGAUGAACACCCAGCGCGAAAUCCGCAUGCAAAAAGGUCUUCAAAUGACUGGGAAGUCAUGAUGCUGGCAGAGCAAAUGUCGGAACGAGAGAAGAAAGCUGACAACUUGAGACACGCUGCUGAAAGACUAUUGUCCAUGCAGCACCAGCAAACCGGAAGGACUUUCAGCCAAGAGGAGGAAGAGGAAGUCGUCUCGGCUCUGACGGAGUUCUCCGCUUCCGAGUUGGACUUGCUCGAGAAAAUGAUCUGGGAGGAAGAGAAGAAUGAAAGCAGCAGAAGUGGGAAGUUGAAGCGAAGCAGGAGUGAAAAGUACAGCAAGCCCAAGAAGAAACGCUCUGCGUCUCUCGCACCCGGAGAAACCCUGACUUCGCCUCGGGAUCCUGCGAGUCCGGAAAUGCCGCCCUUUGGUAGCCAUGGAGUACACGACAUCUGGGCACAGCCAAGUGCAUCUUCAGGAGUUACGGCGACAUCUAGCAAGCCUGAGCUCACUUUAUCGCCAUCUUCCUUGGUUCCACCACCAGGAGGCAGCAAGAAAAAGUGCUCUACUUCCCUUGCGGUGGCCGAAGUGAACAAAACCGCGGUUGCUGGAAUCCCAGAAGCGCACACCAUUGACAUCACAAAGAACUGAAACGGACAAGAAGACAUUUUUUUUUGGAACUCUUACAAAAAGCUAUUCCGCUUUGUUGCGUUUUACUUGCCUUACAUUUGUGAAUUCAUGUUUCUAGAAGGUGAUAAUUUUAUGAGCUUUUUUUCUGGUCAGACUUUUGUUCCGUACGUUUUUUUUUCCUUUUGUUGGCAUUCUUGGAAGGGUUUUGCGAUGGAUGUGGUAAUGAAAUGAUAUUUUCAACAAGAAAA